GACUUUUCAUUUGACGUUGACAGAAGUAUGUAUACUUUUUUUUAUUAUUGUGGUUUGUGGUCGUUAAAAUUGUUGAUUAUUAAUUGCAAAUGCAAAAUUUGAAUUCAAUAAGUGAUAGUGAUAAGAAUACCGGUCAUAUUUUCGGUUCAAUAGUUCCUAGUCACCCUGCACUCGUCGUAAUUCGAAUGUUAUCCUAGUGUCUUAACCUCAAAAUGUCUUUAUCAAUAAAUAAAGUUCAGCAGUUUCGACAGCCUCCCCUACAAUACAUCCGCCAAAAUGAAAAUCAACCAAAUCACGCUGCAGGUACACAACUGCUGGGGGGUAUAUUUCAAGACUCCCGGCACGUUUGGCACGCCAAAGGCGCUUCCCUGGAAGUCCGUGACACCAGAACAGGAUGCAAAGUCGGAGCCUGGAUGUUUGGGUCUAUCCUGAAAGACUCAAAUACCAAAAUAGUGUGUGUAGAAGAGAUCUCAAGACCCUAUGGAAGAUUAUCUCUAUUAGCUGUUGGGUUGGAUUGCACCAUCAGUGGUGGUAUCAUAUGCUUCUUUGAUGUGUUCAGUUCAAAGGUUGUAAGAGCCAUUCAAAUAAAUGAGAAAAUAUCUGCCUUGCACAUCAUAGAUCCAGGCAUUGAAGACCUGAAUCUUCCAGGUCCUUUGAGGAAUUUUGAUGGCAUUCUUUCUAUUGGUACUAAAGGUGGACAUGUUUUUCUCAUUGAUAUUUGCCGUCAGAUUUGUGAAGAAUCUUUGCAUUCACCUAUUAAACAUGAUGAGCUGAAUCCUUGCCAGCUAGUGUUGCUUACAUCUAAGAACAUCACAAGAAUUGAACAGUACAAAGAAAAGUCUGUACGUGACAGUAACCACUUGGCCAUACACUUGAAUGCUGUUUUGGACAGCCAGACAGAACAUUUCACACUUAAAGGUCCUGAAGGUGAUGACAGAAUCCAUGUGAAUAGAGAAGAAGUGCUUACCAGUGGUCUUUAUUACUGUCCUCAGCUGACCUCACUGUUAGUUGGCUACAAUUUUGGGGCAUUCCAGCUCUGGAAUCUCACUACAUUACAAUUAGCUUAUACUUCGCCAGUCUGUGAUGAGCAUUUGCCUGUUGGUAGGUUUGCUUUGCAAGAGCCUGCUGAUGAUCCAAGAGCAUUUUGUUAUAUUUGGGUGUCUUAUGGAAAUACUGAGCUUUAUCAAAGUGGAUUGCCUCUUGCUGCCAUGUAUUCUGUUUGUUAUGAGUCCAAAGAGUACCAUGAAGGUUAUGGGUAUCUGUAUCAGGAUUUUCGGUAUUGUGUUGUAAGAUUUCAAGUGGAAUUGGGGCCCAUGGAUGAGCACAGACACUCCGGCGCCCCGAAAGGAGGCUUCUGCCUAGACCUCCAACCCAUCACCAAACUCCCGCCCAGCAAAGACCCCAACUGCCCCGCCACCUCUGGCGAUACCCUGGCCCUCUGCCUGAUCACCUGGUCGGUCUGGCACAGCCGCUCAGAAACCCACACUUGCGCCCUAUUGUUCGACCUCAACCAGUGGUACAAAGAGCAAAUGCCCUCCGUCGCCAACUGGAAAGACUGCGCCAACUACAUGCUUCGACUGAGCCCCGGCGAGCUGACAUCGGCCGGCAGCAAGCCCGGACCUGUGCUCGCUUUAUCUGUGGAUCAACAGACCCUCAGGCAGUUCAUGGGGGUGCAAAGGCUAGAAGAGCACUUCCACCCCACUGCUUUAUCGUUCGAUUUGUGGAUGCUAAAGGAAAAUGAGGUUAUUUCGGUGCAUAACGAAGGAGUGCAACACCUGUUGCUGUCGCAGAUCGAAGCAACAGGUCCGCUUUGCCUGUUGAAACCGAGCAAUAUCGCCCGGCAGGUUGUGACGAUAGGGCUGCAGCCGCUGUUCGUGGAGGAUUUUUCUAGCAGUUGCUUGGAUGCUCAGCGAGAGGUGAUUUUGAACGUGGGGCUGGAGCAUCAGUUGGUUAGCUGGUUGUGCAAGUGCGCCUCGGAGUGGGCGAAUGGGAGUUUUGCCUCGGCUGGAUGUUCUUUGGAAGCUCUCCUCAGCUGGGCUUUUCAAAGGGCUGUGACUCUGAAGUCUAACUGUGACAGAUAUUGUGCGCCUUUGUUUGAUUAUUCCCAAGUGCAGCUAGAUGGUAAUACGGCUAAUCUUUUGAAUUGUUGUAUAAGGCAGAUAAAUAACUUGUGCACUCUUUACUCCUAUGUACUGACGAAGUUGGGAAACUUUCUGGUGUAUCCUGAAGCUGUCGGAGAGCAACAUAGGAGUCUACAGAUGGUGUCUGUUUAUUUUGAGGUGCUCCAAUGGCUGGUCAACAUAGGCCUCCUCCCGGAAUGUCCGCCUUCCACCUACCCCCGUCAAGACAACUCUGACAGAAUCAGCGCCCCCUAUCCUGUUCGAGACCUCGUCAAGUUCUACGACGAAAAACGUGCCCAACUGAGAAGCUCAGAAACUUUUUUCGACGACGAAAGUCUUCUGUUCAUCGACAACCUGGUGGAACGGAAAUGCGGGGGCCCUAAGUUGCAGAAGCAAUGGCAAGAGGACGGUGGCACUGGGCUUUAUCCGCCCCCUUCGCUGCAAUCGCUUAUCAGGGCUUAUUUGAUUGAGGGGGCUGGUAUCAGCCACAAGCAUUCGCUGGUGAUUUAUCUUUUCUUGGAUCUAGCGAUGGCUCUCGAUCAGAACGAGUAUUCGGCUGUCAUCACGUAUUUGAUCAAGUUUCCCGCUGUGUUCAAGGUCAGCACUAGCAGCAUCAAAAUCACUCAAGCGUUCUGGCAGCUGGACCACGGGGACUUCACCACAGCCCUAGAACACCUCCUGGACCCUUUUGUACUGGGUGAGGACCUCCAAGACUGGCACCAUUCGGUGAUUAUGCGCUCUCUUUGCGUCCAAAAACAGUACAACUUCGCUUUGUUGUACUUGCAAACUCUAAGACCCCCGAUGACAAGAGAAAAAGACGUUAUGACCGCCAUAUCUUUGUUUGUUGCCAACAAAAUGCUCGACGAGGCUUUCUAUUUCAUGAAGCAGCACCACAACAACAACGCUGAAAGACUGCUGGCGCAUCUCUUCAACGAGUGCAGAAAGAAUGAUACUCUGCACGACUUGUUGUACAAGAAUCUAAGCUCUGCCGAAGAAAAAUCCUUCAUUGGGUUCCUCAAAGGCUCAGCUAAUCCCGCUUCUGACGAGCUACAGGUGUUUUACUACCUGUUGCGCUCUAGGUUCUUAGAGGCGUUCGAUUUCCACGCCGGAAUGGGGCGGGGCAAGCCGGACAGGCAAGGUCUGAUUGGCCAGAGCAACGUGUCGAGGGCCGAUCAGGUUGUCAGGAUUUUCAAGUCGCUGCUGCCUGACGUCAGCAGAAAGUUGGUGGAUUACGUGAGGAAGGAGAAGGGGAAUUUGUGGAGGGAAGUGCAGAAACCGACGCCCCUAUCGGUCUUCGUUCACAAUACUGAGGAGCAAAUUAGAUAUAAGUCGACGUUGAUACGUGCUGCGCUAACUAAAGCUAAGCAGACCGAUGGUUAUGAUAUUUCCAAGCGUUACUCUGAAGUCAUUACAGAAGAUACUCCAUUUUUGAGGACACCUAAGGCUUGCAAGUCGAUCACGAGGUUAGCUACGCCUGUCAUAACCCCCAAAGUCAUAGAACUUGGAGAGGAAGACGGGCCUUCGCCUGCUAAGAAACUAAAAUUGAGUCCCAGAACUCCAACUUACAGUCCCCAUAGCAAACUCAAUACCUCUGUGCAUUCAAUGAUGCUCACUCCCAUCGUGAAAAGAAAAACAUCAGUACAAAAGGCGGAUUUGUUCGAGAUGCACACUCCACAAAGUAUCCUCAAAGGGAAAAACCUGGCUAGAUACACCGCUGAGUCUUCGGUAAACGAAGUAACAAUCGGCGAGGACCACGACGAAAUAGCACGAAGCGAAUUUUCGCCUAAAAAAACUGGUCUGCAACCUAGAAGAUCCCUUUCCAGAACACCUCGUCCACACGUUCAAUUCGAUAUAGCCACCAGAGCUUCUUCGUCUUUCAGCGACCAAAGUAGCAGGAUGAUGGAAACCACCUCUCUGGAAGAUCAGAUACUGCAGGGGUCUUCAGUGGAGGACCAGAUCCUUCAGAGGUCUUCCCUUUCAUCUAGGGACAUUAGCGCCAUGGUUUCCACUAAAGACAACACCAAUUCGACCUCUGAAGAGACCUUCUAUUCGCCUGACAAUUCUGUCAGUGAGGAGGUGCCACAGGAAAAAGAAGAAGAAAUGGCCCAAGUUGUUGAAGACAAAAGGGACUUGGAGCUCAAAGGGGAUGAAGUGAAUGGAGAGCCUGUGAUACAGUCUCCGAGAGCUAGAAGAAGCUACAAGAGGUCUUAUAAGGAAAUGUCUCCUGUCAGGUCGAGCCCAAGACUGUCAAAACAGCAGGAUCAAGUUUCGUUGAACAAAUCAUCAUCUACAGAGCCUUCUCAAAGUGAAAUACCGUCUAUAAGUGACGAAUCAGUACAAUCUCCUAGAUUGUUACACAAAGUAAAAGGAAGAAAAUCGCUCAGUAGACAAGUUUUGGAACACAACGCUUUUUCCAAAAUACAAACCCCCGUGAGGGCAUCGUCAGAGAUUUCAAUUACAAAAACAGAGAAAACCGUCCUGGUAGAAAAGACCCCUAGUACUUCAAAAAUCACCACUGUUGAGUCUACGUUGGAUAUUUCAGAUGUUACUAACCUUUCUAACCCCCAAUCCCCCAUUAGUCAAAAGAGCCAUAAUGUUACCAGCAAUAUCUCGAGAAAAAGCAUUUUGGAAAGUGAUGUAUCUUUCGACAGUGAUACCACUAUCGGUAGUGACAUAUUUCCGCAAGAACAACCAAAAAGGGAUAUCCCAGAGAUACCAGAAUGGCUCAACGAGUAUGUAGCCUCUCUACAGGCAAGAAAGAACAAAAUCGAGCAACCCCCGCCAAACGAAGAAGACAUUGAAUCACCUGUUGAUAUUGAGGAACCACCUGUUGAUAUUGAGGAACCACCUGUUGAUAUUGAGGAAUCACCUGUUGAAAUCAAGAAACAGUUAGAACAAGAACUUGAUCCUACCGAAGCUCCUCCCCGAGAAGAAGGCAGAGUUAUUGAAGUUGAAGGAAAUGAACAAAAACUUGAUAAUGAUGCUGAAAGACCGAUCGACAAGGAGAAAAGUAGGGAGGUCAUAUCUAUGGAAAUCUAUGACGACCUAUCUUGUGGUAGCGAAGCAUCAUACCCAGAAGAGAAGAAGGAGGACCACAGUCACUUUGAUGAACUGGAACUGAAUGUUUUUCAACUUGCCACGCCUAAUCAAACGCAAAAUAUUGACUCAGAAAGUUCCUUUUUCAAUGUGCCAGAUGCAGACGUGGCUUUGAUAGUAGAUUCGCCGGAUAAAGAAGACCAAGCCAUAGUUAUCCUCUCGAGUGAAGAAGACACUCAUUCUUACCAGUCCAGCUAUGAAGAAGAUAUCAAUGUCUCUUUCGAACGUAACAUCCAAGAAGAAGAUUGCUCCACUGAUCAGUCGACUGAUAAUGACGAACGCCAUGAAGAUAUCGAACAUCCGGAAAAUGGUAUCAGGGAAGAUCUUGCUUGUAGUAGCAGUUCAACUGAAAAGUGGGGUUCCGAAGACCGAGAAGCAAUAGCAGAAAACCAAGAGGCUGAUUGGUCUGUAGGAGAAGAUCAGCGGGUGAUAUUCGAGCAGAAUGAACCUGCCGACGGCGAAGAAAAUGACAGUUCUAGUAGUAGUACAACAGAAAAGUGGAAUUUUUCUGAUCAAGAAGUUAAUGAAAACUCGAAUGCUGAAAGUUUAACAGAGGAAGAACCAGUUAGGGAAGUAGAACCACAAACAGGAAUCACAACUGAAGUUGAGGAGUUACAACAAGAUUUUGAAAUGGAGGAUGCUGCUGUACCAGUGGCAACUGAACAUGAACCAUCUGAAGUUGGAGAACCAAAACAAACGAAAGAAGUAGAAGAAAAUGAUACAGGUGAAACGAAUGAAGAAGCAAAGUCAGCAGCACCCGAAGAUCAAAUCUCGGUAGUUGAAGAAGCAACACAUGUUCCAGGAGAAGAUGAUGAAGAAUCGAAGAAUCCAAAUGAGGAGAUAGCAGCUUCACUUUUGGCAUCUAAAGAUCAAACUAUGGAAGUAGAACAAGCAGAAGGAGUGGAUGAUAAUGAGACACAUUCGGAUAUUAAAGAAUUUAAUGAAACAAAUGAAGAAGCACAGUCAACUGUUUCACUUAUUGAAAAUAGCGAUAACAAUGUAGAAGUAAUGGAAAUAGAGAAAACUGCAGAUGAAAAUGUAGAAGCAGAAGGUAUUGAAACACAGCUAAAACCUAUGUCUGUCAUUCUUCAUAAUAAUUUAAGAGAGCAUUCUAUUGGGAAAGAAGAACUAUCGACGAAUACGACUCUGGCAAGUGACGAUUCAAAAUUAGAUAGAGAUGGUAACAGGAAAAGAAACCAAUCUACAAACACUACAAUAAAUGAAACAGAUUCCAGUGGCCCUAAACCAGACCGGCGAGACCUCAAAUCGUCCAAGGACUCCUCUUCCGACACCACCGUUGAGGGCGACUCGGCAGCCCACCAGAUCCUCGUGACGGCGCAGGUGCACACCGAACCGCCCAUCCGAAGGGUGACGCGGCGCAGCAGCCUGUUGAUGACGCAGGGCGAGGGGGACACGACGCCCAGUAUAUUCGAUGAUACGCUGGUGGAGCCGGGCAGCAUGGACGUUUCUUCCAGCGAUGACCUGAUUGGGGCAGAUCCUCGGACACCUACCCGGAUGAGUACCCGGACGAGGAGAUCUUCUCACGGUAGCGGCGUCAUAGAUUGCCAGUCGAGCACUUCGAAGGAGACGGUCGUCGAGCCUAAGGUGGCAGCUCUGCUCAGGAAGACCAGAAGCUCGAGCGUUGACGAUGUGAAAACGUACUCCAGGAAGAGGUCCCUACAACGCAGCAACUCGGUGGACGAAAAACCCCCUGCAACAAACCCGGUGAAAACGCCCAAAGGCAAAGGUAGGGCCCGGUCCGUCGUCCACAUGCCGGCCAUCUCGGAAGAGGGUAAUGGGGGCGACAGGGGCAACAAGGCGACGUACGCGACUUCCAGACGCUUGACGCGAAGCCAGGCCAGCAUGGUCAGAGACGUCGAGGAGGGGAUCGAUUUGGGGGAUGGGGAGGAGUCGGAUAAGACGAUAAAGCUGGACUAUAUCGAUCCGAUCGUGUUGCUCGACAAGGAAUCUUAUCAAGGGGAACAAGAUCCAGAAGAGAAGAAAAUCUACGAAGGUUCCUCGCCUUCCAACAGCACGGUGAGCUCUUUCACCAGACCGGCUAGAAGAAAAAGUAGAUCUGUUUCGGUCGCUUCCGAUAUUUCCCUUCCGCUGUCGCCGACCAAGUCUGUCACUCCUGAAAAGAUAACGACAAGAAAAUAUGGAUCAGGGGUGAACAGGAGAGUGAGGAAGCAGUCUGAGACGAGUUCGGUGGUGUCAGAAAAAGCUGAGCCCGCGACUCCAUCAAAAAGGACUAGAAAGAAAGCCGAAGUCACUGACGUCGAAGUUCCAAAACCAAGAACAACCAGAAGUAGGGGAAAUUCUGUUUCUUCUGCAAAGUCAGAUUCAUCAAAUUCACCUAGAAAAUCUUCAAGAAGUAGGAGAGUGAUUUCUGCAAAAUCUGAUUUACCGGAAAUCACCGAAGAAAAAAGUAUUGAUUUCAACCAAGUAUCUUGUGUUUUUUUAGGUAAAUGUAGCACCCAGUCUGAAAAAACAAACACGGAAGCGAAAGUCACCCUAAACAAUUUUUAA